AACGUUGGCAGAAUAAAUUUUCCUCGUUGCCAGUGGUGUUAGAUAAAAGGUUCGUUUCAUUCUUUCUGGCCCGGUUCCAACGGCUGAAGAACAAGAAAACGAAAGAGUGUGACGUACAGGUAAAUAUUUGAGAUAUUUGCGGUUCAGUUGAAAGCAGGAGAAAAAAAAAGUGAGUGAAAGUGAGCACAUAAAUCAGGAAAAGAAGGUGCCAACGGAAAUGUGCUACGGCACGAGCUGAACCAGUUGAAGAGUCAUGGAAAUGGUGUUUCCGGUGCUAGAAGAAAAGUGUUACAUCCCUCCUCAUUCCUAACUACCAGUUGCCCCCUCCCACUCCAUCAUUAGCCUCAAACAGCCCGAAAAAACGUGGAAGAAUAAGAAACAGAAGAGUACACUAACAACAACAACAACAACAACAACCUCAGCCAAGCUUAAUUGUCUCAUACGAAGCUUCUCGUAAAUAGAAUAAUCCGAGCAGGCUGUGGUAGGAAGGUGGCAAAAGUGAAGAAGAAAAAAAAAACAUCGAAGGAGGCCAACCGACCAUUAACAGUCGGAACGCGCACAAACCAUCCCCCUCCCCGGCCCGAACCCGUCUUCAGUGCCACGGGAAUAAAAGUAUAGGAAGCUCGCGUGCAACUCCAGCGCGGUAUUUCGGUUGUGUUUAGUAUUAUCCUAUUCGUGGAGGAUCCUCGUGGCACUCCUUGACAACCUGUCAUCAUCAUCAUCAUCAUCGUCAUCCGCGCACGACUUGCCGACGACGCACAGCACUCUAGAUCUAUUCGAAAGCACCCACCACCGCCCCGCCCCGCAUCGGCAUCAUCGCAGUCAACCGACCACCCUCCCCCGAUUCGUAGUGAAAUCUCGUGGAAAUAAUGGAUAAAAUUUGGAUAACAUUUUUGCUGAUGAUCAUCGCAGUCAUCGACGUGCAAACAAGUGGACAAUCAGUGGUGAACGUGCAGCUCGUGGUGAAAAAAUACGCCGAACGGGGCAGCGAUGUGACAUUGUACUGCGAGAACGAUGCCGCCCCAGAUAUCGUCUACAAGGUAACGUUCCUGAAAGGUGAAAAUAAAAUAUUCGAGUACAUCAAGGGCCGGAAUCCACCGUACCGGAACUAUUCGAUUGCGGGCGCCGAGAUAGAUUGGAAAAAGGUGACGCUCUCGACGUUGACACUGAAGAACGUUGAUUACGAGGCAUCCGGAUCAUACUAUUGCGAGGUAUCGACCGACACUCCAAUCUUCACAAAAGCAUCCAACGAAGAACCGUUCCACGUGAUACUCUCCCAAAAAGGACCUCCAACGAUCGAGUUUGCCAAGAAGCAGCUCUACUACGGCGACAUGCUGAAGGCCAACUGUACCACCUCCAAGGCCAAACCCGCCCCGCACAUCACGUGGCUUAUCAACGGAAAACCGGUGGAGGACAAGUACGUUCGGCAUUUCCAUCACACGCCAAAGGGAAGCCACCGGUCGAAGCAGCUGCAGCAGUCCCAGCAGCUGCAGGAGAAACAGCAACUCACGCCACCGUCAUCCGUCACGUCGCAAAGCUCGUUCCACCACGGCAAGGUGGUUGCCGGAACGUCCGCCAGCAGUGGGCCCGCGUCCGGUCUGAAGGAAUUCAAGGCGGUGGCAAGAGAGAUCACAGAGAGGAAAGCAUCCCAGUCAAUGAAUGGCUACUCACCGUACAAAGACAACGGUGUAGGCGGUAAUUUCGAAAUUCAGCCCAACACGUUCUACAACAGUUACGAUGGGUUCUACGGCCGGGUGCCCCAACGGGACCGGGACCGAAGUGGGGCCUUGGGGGUGUUCAACAUCGAAGGCCAUCGGCAGGGAGACGAGGCGAACGAGAACGGAGAGGAGAGUGAUAAAAAGACUUCCUGGCUUAAGAACAACUAUCAUACAAACAUGUACUACGACAAUAAGCAACAGCAGCAGCAGCAACAACAACACUACGACAGUGGCUUUAGGAAACAUCACACCUCGUACGAUCGCAAAAUGCGAAGGCACGUGAACGAUGCGACCGGAGGAGACCAGAGGAAGCACCGGCCGGUUGCCAGUCACAGCCAGCUGGCGAUUCGGAUCACCGAAGCACUGACCAACAAUGUUGGCCGGAUAGAGAUCACCUGUCUGGCGACGAUUCCGGCGCACGUGGAACCCGGCGAGCAGUACGCCGACUACAAGACGUCACUCAUCAAACUCGACAUCGAGCAAAACGACCUAACGUCACCGGAACCGUCAACCGGGUCCCUCGCGCACGCCAAAUCCGACGCCGUGCAGACGUCCAACUUCCAGGCUAGUUCGGGUCUGUGUCGGAACCUGCUGGCCCUGCAGUGCGGGAUCGUUGCACUUCUGUUACUCUACCACCGGAGGGCCGCUGCAGCGUGGUUCCUCUUUUCGUCGCUAACGUAGAUCGCAGCAGACUUCUUUUUUUUCGUUUGACUCUGCUCGUCUUCGCAUGGCUACCGGAUCGAAACAAUCUCCCACCCCUGCCCCUGAGUGAGUGCUGCAGCUAUGGAAAACAGAAGUGGAAGAACAAUUGCUUUCGAGAUAAUUGCGUCGUCGCGUCCGGGGGUGAAUUCCAACAUGCAAGACGAGCCACAGUCAGCCAAAGCCAACGGAUCGAGGCCAACGAGGAGAUCACCCGAAAGCAUCCCCUCCGAAGCCGAGCCGCAUCAAAAAGCACACAUACAUCUACACACUUGUACAGAGCCAAAUCGUUGCGUGUGAGAAUGUAAGUAAUUUUAAGUGACACAGAGACUUUGAUAAAACAAAAAAAAACAAGCGAACGGCUUACAACAAAUCAGACCACAGGUUUAGCUAACUAAAUAUGAUAAUAUUUUUUACCUCCGUUUUUUUUCGUCAUCGAAAUCUAUGUAUCUACUGUAUUUUGAAUCGUUCACUAGCAGCGUACUUGUUUGUAAAAUUGAGACUCUUCACACACACACACUAACUAACACAAAACAAAACUACGAAUCAUAACAAAUGAUUGUGAAACGGUACUACUACAAACAAACAAUAACAAAUGUCAAAACAAACGUCAAACGGUUGCAUCACAAAACCCAUAGAAAAAUUAACCUAUCAAAACAAAAGUGUUAUCGUUCUCAGUAGGCUAGGCAGUUAGAGGCCAGAGGAAAACAUUAGGGUCGUGUCGAAACUAUGUGUGCGUGUGUAAAUGUCAAAGCCAAAGCAGCUCUAAACUAAACGCGAAGGAGGAAAAGUUUCCGUUUUUCGUUAGAUUUUACAACCGCAGUUCCAAAGCCGAGCUAAACAAAUCGAGAAAAAAACAAAGAACCAGAGAGUGUAAACGUAAAUGGUGACAAUUCAUUUUUUAAUCGAAAAAAGAAAACUGUAAGUUAAAGUUAAGGAUUCUGGACAAAUAUUUUCCGCGCGUUGAUCGGGAUUGUUGGGUGGCGGGAGAAAAAUGGUUUAUUUUGAUUUUCUCCCAGCUAGGAAUACUGUACAGUGGGGUUACAAAUCCAAACAAAAAGGUUACGCUUACGGUGGAUUGUGGAGGAGGAAGAUGGAAUGUUACGUUGAUUGUUGGAUUAGAAAACAUUGAAUCGUUAGGUUAGGUUUG